AUGCUGCCGCGGAAGUCGCUGGAGAGCCCUUCGUCUCAAAUGGCUGGCACGCCGUCCCUGCCGCUCGUGGCAAGCACGCCCCCUUCGAAGGAGGCGAGUGGUGCCCAUGCUUUGGACAACGACGGCGAGAGUUUCUCCCAGACAGCGCCUUUGCCCUCCGAGGAGCCUUGUGGGCUCACGCCGGCGAGCUUGAAGCACCUCAGGAGGCAGCGUGAUGCUUUGAACGAGGAGAAGAAUCGACUUCAGGCUGAACUCCAGGAGUCCACUAAGCAGCUCAAGGAGUUGAAGCCACAGGUGGCCUCGCUUUCAACACAGCUUGAAGAGGCCAUUGCGUCUCGUGCCGAGCUCGAGACGCAGGUCGAUGGCAUCCGACAGCGCGCCGAACGCUCUGAGGAGCUUUGCGCGAAGCUUGAGGCCUUGGUCGCCGAGAAGGAGGCGGAGAUUGAGCGCCUCCGAAAGGGUCUGGCAGACCAGCAGAAGCUGACGCAGGAGGUUUGCGAGGCUGCUGACAGAAGAGACCAGCAGGCAAACGAGCAGAAUGCGGCACAGGCAGCUGGGCAGUGA